AUCUUCGACAGCUCAGGGUCAGGGCGCCCAGCCGGGGUCCUCCACAGUGUCACGAUCGCCACUGUCAUUCUCGGCCCACCACGAGGCGCACCAAUCGAACUCUGAAUUCGCCCCGGGAUACAUAAUAAUCUAUCCUCCCGAUGUCAUCUCACGUCCGCAGACCCUGCCCGCGCUGGUCGAUCGCAUCACGGUAUACAAGACACAUCGGCCCUCACCUUCGUGCUCCUCAACGCCUGCUCGAUCCUCACGAUGGUCGUCCCUAACAGAAUGCAGCUGCAAGUCGCGGGAGUCGUCGUGUUCUACAUGUCGGCGGCACUGGUGAUGGUCUUCGUAAACAAAGCCGUGUUGAAAUCGUCUCCGGAUCUUCCUCUGGUGUUCCUCUUCGUUCAGCUUGUCAUGGCUGUGUUGCUCCUGCACGCGACAGCGUUGGUCACGUCAAAGGUCGAGAUUCCAGCGAUGGACUUGGCUGUUGCGAAGAAACUGCUUCCCGUGGUGUCUGUGAACGCCAUCGGACUGGUUUUCAACACUCUCUGCCUGCGGGACGUUGAAGCCUCGUUUUUCCAGAUUGCCAGAGGUAUGCAAUUGCCGCUGACCAUUCUGGUCUCUUCCUGGCACCUCCAUCAGAUACCGACAAAGCGCGUGCUUGUGGCUGCUUGUGUUGUUACGGCCGGGUUUUUCGUCGGGAUAACGCCUACGAGAUCUCUUCCCAGGGAUGCGACGCCCUCCGGCCUUUCGCUAUUUUACGGCGUCAUCUCGUCCUUGAUGAUCGCUAUCCAUGCAGUCCUUAUCAAGUCGUCUCUGCCUCACUGCCAGAAUUCGACCAUUCAGUUGGCGUACUGGACCAACAUAGGAUCGGCCGUCAUGCUCGCACCGUUUGUCAUCUUCCAUGGUGAAAUAACCAAAGUUGUGGAUCUGUAUGCGACACCUUCUUGGGACGGGAAUACAUUCGUGUGGGGCAGUUUGGUGACCGGUUUAUUUGGAUUCUUACUCUGCGUUGCCGGGUUGCUAAGCAUCAAGGUUACUUCACCGACGUCCCAUAUGUUCAGCAGCGCGGCUAGAUCGGUGCUUCAGACGGCCUUGGGCGUUUUGAUUUUCCACGAUAUUCUUACGAUCAACCGCGCGGCAUCCAUCUUGACCAUUCUUGUGGGUACCCUGUGGUACACUUGGAUAAAAUCGACCGAGAGUCGCCAGCAACCACCUUCGCGUCCAGUCGACCUAGAAGCGAUGAACACUCCAAAGCACAACGAAGAGGAGGCGGUGGUGCUCUUUUCUGCGCCCGAGAAGGAUGUCACGGAUAGGGACUGAAUCCAAUACGACGAGUGAGCAAUACGCGGCGUUUCGGUGCCAUGUCGGCACUGCCGCGAGAAUGACAACCACCCUGGGACAAUAUGUUUGCAUAAGGCACGGCCGUACUUUGUAUUACAUACUGUAUCUGGAUGUAUCUUUUCCCCGCGAUAUGUGGGCAGGUUGCCGUUCGAAGGCAGAGGCACCAGU